AGCUGCUGAUUUCGAAGUCAAUCCCAUCAAACAGAACGUAACUGCCACCGUUUUUGAACUUGGAACACACGCAACCCACGCUCGUCGGAUCACCGUGCUGGACAAGCACAAGUUAUGAAAAAUAGAAACCGUUUCCCUUCACAUUGGUUUGUCAAAGGGAACCUUUCAUGGAUACACGCAACGCGAUGCGGCGAAAGUUAAGGAGAGUGCAGGUCUGCAAGGGAGGAGUGAACGCGCAGAAAGGGAACAUGAAACGGGACAUGAGCAAAGUCCUCCGGGCCAUCCCGGUGGGCAAUAACGAGGACACGGAUGUUCCGAUGGAGGACCGAGAUGACCCGAUGGAGCAGGACUGCUUCUCCUCGGGCUUCUUUAAGAACGAGAACUUGGAGAACGCCAUGAUCAUGGCUCCACGUUACAGUCUGCUUCGGGAGGUGGGUCGGGGCAGCUAUGGGGUAGUGUACGAGGCGGUGGCCCGGAAGACCGGGGCCCGUGUCGCCGUUAAGAAGCUCCGUUGCGACGCUCCCGAGAACGUGGAGCUCGCCCUGGCCGAGUUCUGGGCCCUCGCGAGCCUGGAGAAGAAGCACGAGAAUGUGGUGCAGCUCGAGGAGUGUGUGCUCCAGAGAAAUGGACUCGCGCAGAAGAUGAGUCACGGGAACAAGCGAUCCAAACAGUACCUGAGGCUCGUGGAGACCUCCCUAAAAGGUGAGCGUGUGCUGGGCGGUCCGGAGGAGCCGUGCUACCUGUGGUUCGUGAUGGAGUUCUGCGAGGGCGGCGACCUGAACCAGUACAUCCUGUCUCGGCGGCCGGACCCGCGCACCAACCGCAGCUUCAUGCAGCAGCUGAGCCGGGCCGUGGCCUUCCUGCACCAGAACCACAUCGUGCACCGCGACCUCAAGCCCGACAACAUCCUCAUCUCCCAGCGCUCCGGCAAGCCCGUCAUCAAGGUCGCCGACUUUGGCCUCAGCAAGGUGUGUGCUGGCCUCGGAGCGGAACACGACAUCGGAGACGGAGGUAACCACGGCGACCGCACGACGGCGGCCAACCGCAACGCCGUGAACGUCAACAAGUUCUGGCUGUCGUCGGCGUGCGGCUCGGACUUCUACAUGGCGCCGGAGGUGUGGGAGGGCCACUACACGGCCAAGGCGGACAUCUUCGCGCUGGGCAUCAUCAUCUGGGCCAUGAGCGAGCGCAUCACCUUCAUCGACGGCGAGUCCAAGCGCGAGCUGCUGGGCUCGUACGUGCGGCGCGGCGGCGACAUCGUGCCGGUGGGGGAGGCCAUGCUGGAGAACCCCAAGAUGGUGCUGAGCAUCCCGGCGCGCUCGCGCUCCUGCAUGAGCGAGGGCCUGCGGCGCCUCCUGCUGGACAUGCUGAGCGUCAACCCGCAGGACAGGCCCGACGCCACGCAGCUGCAGACGCGCAUGGACCAGAUCACCUGCGCCGCCUGACCCGACCCGCGCACACACACACACCUGCACAGGUGCCAUAAGGGAUGAAGACGGUCAGGAUGAAAACUGUGAAGCUUCGGGAAUGACUUUACACCACUGGACAGACAGUGGAAACACUCACACACACACACACACAUACCCACACACACACUCACCUCUAUGACUGCUGAACUGAACAUUUCACCUGUAAAUUAUUACACCACCUCCACCUCCUCUACAGAAGAUAUUGUAAACAUUCUCUCUCACACACACACACACACACACACACACACACACACACACACACAGCGUGAUCAGUGUUUGAAUUCUGUGUGAUGUGUUGGCCGUGUAACGGUGCAGGAGGAGGAGGAGGAAGAGGAGGAGGAGGAAGAGGAAGAGGAAGAGGGGGGUGUUGAUGAGAAUGACAUGAUGAUGAAGAAGAAGAUGAAGCUGUGAAGCGGAAGCUGCAAUGUGAAUGUGGUGUGUGUGCCACGGCACCUCUCCUCUGCUCAAAACACACAAGUGCCUUUAGUCUGUCCGUCAGGACACACACGAGACGAGACGAGACGAGACGAGACGAGACGAGACGAGACGAGACGAGACGAGACGAGACAAGAGGAGUAAAGGGAAAAGCGGCAGGUCCACGUCUGCACCUCAUGCGGAUGGGCCUGUGGCCUGCUGGGGCGCUGAGCGCAUGAUCUACAGCUCCUGUGUGCCCAUCCAGAGCAGCACAGGCCAGGCUAGUGCACCACCCACGCCAAACUCCACCAGUCAUUAGAGCAUCUGUGUAGCCAUAGCAACCACGGAGCAAUGGCGGGUCCACCAUGAUCAAUGUAUGGACACAAAUGAUUUUUAUUUUUUUUCCCCAGAGAAAAAAGCUCGAUUUCUGAUGCUGAUUCAGCAGGUUGUAAUAAUGUUGGACGUUCAGAAAGUAUCUCGUAUUAUUCCAGACAAGCCAGACACCUCUGUCUCUUGUACAUAACCAACUGAAUGAUGUGAGAGUGGGAAAGAAAGACUGCCUGCCAUAUCAGAGAGAGUGAGUGAGAGAGAGAGAGAAUGAGUGUGUGAGAGAGUGAAUAAGUGAAUAUUAAGUGAGUGAGUGAGUGAGUGAAUAAGUGAAUAUUAAGUGGGUGAGUGAGUGAGUGAAGAGAGGAGGAGAGGAGAGGAGAGGAGAGCACCUCCUGGUUGAUUCAGGUUUAUCUAGGCUAAUUGGUCCUAAUUCAGAUGACAGGUCACUGUAGGUCAGUCACUGUCUGCGGCCAGUGGAGGCUCUUCCGAGGUUUUGUACAGAAUCUGUAAAAUCUGUAGCAUGGUGUGAACUCCCAGGAAUACAGUUUGUAUGGGGGGGGGGGGGGGGGGUCACUUUGAUUUUGAUGUCAUUACCUGGUUCUGACUUUCAGUAAUGUGUUACUAUGGUGAUGUUUUCUAAACGUUUCUGUUACCGUGGUAGAGAACAAUGUGGCAUGGGAUCAAAGUUCCGCUGGGAGUUCCGAGGCUCAUUGUGAUGUCACUGGUUCAGACACAUCAGCUUCUGCUCUCCUUCUGAGGUCUGGGAUUCUCUGUAAUAGGAGAGAAACACACACACACACACACACACACACACACACACACACACACACACACACACACCUUGACCCACCUCACCCACCUUGAGCUAGUCACUCCUCUCAUCCCCAACAGCACACUGCAGUGUCCCCUCUUUGCUUCUCGUACCCUUAGAACACUAUACAGCUGCCACCUCCAACACACUCGCCCGUGACCCACGCCCGCCCGAGGCAGCAGGUAGACAGCUCACCUGGAGCAGGUAGACAGCUCACCUGGAGCAGGUAGACAGCUCUACUGGGGCAGGUAGACAGCUCACCUGGAGCAGGUAGACAGCUCUACUGGAGCAGGUAGGCAGCUCACCUGGAGCAGGUAGACAGCUCUGCUGGAGCAGGUAGACAGCUCACCUGGAGCAGGUAGACAGCUCACCUGGAGCAGGGAAUGCGUGCUGGGAGCAGAGGCAGUGCUGCAGUGUUCCGUCAGGCCCGUCUCUAGAGGCCUGCAGUGUUGAGAGGCGUUUGACGUUUCUACCUCACUUAGUCUCGUUUACCACAACCCUGCUGCUCUUACCUACUCCAAACAACACCAUUACUUCUCUAACCUCUACAAGGAGCCAGUGGAAUCACACACACACACACACACACACUUGUACAGAUAGUCAUUAGUUGUGGCUACCAAGUUUACCAGAAUAACCAAUCACCUCUGCCCAUACUGUACCUCUUUCUCUCCACCAACCAGUUAAAACAUCCUUAGUACCUCACCAGCUAUUCUUGGAACCAAUCAGAUGUGCGGAGUACCUCACUGUCUUUCCUGUGAACCAAUCAGAUGUGUUUACCUCAUCAUCUGUACUCAUGGGCACUCAAACAUGCUCAACACCCUCGACCAAUCAGAUUGCCACAGUACCUCCGUGAGAUGGGUAUAGCCCCGCCUCCCCACCCCCCCUCUGGUGCUUGAUAGGACACGUGGUAGAUCAAAUCACAUGUAGGAUAGGCACCGUAUUCGGACCUGGUUUGGAGCUCUGAGCUCUGGUGUCUUUUAAAGGCAGUACCGUUAACGGUGUUACUUACCCAGAGUGUGUCUCAACGGUAAACAGUAGCUGUAGAACUCUCUCCAAUCACAUACUGAAGACAUAACUCUCUCACAUACACACACACACACACAGUUGACAUAGUUACUGUUGUUUCUAUGCAGUCUUCCUCUCACGUGGAGGGCCAGCUUCUCAGUAGAACUUCUCUUAGAACCCAUUAGAACCUGGUAAUGUCUAUUGUUCGUCUGUUCUGGCCCGUUACUCAGGAGUAGCACAGCUCACCUCAGAAGGGACAGACUGUGCCCACACACACACACACACACACACACUCUCUAUCUCUCACUUUCACUCUCACUGUCUUUUCCUUUUGAUUUUGUUGUAUGAAGCUGACUGGAGCCAUUUGAUGUUUAGGGAAGCAUCACCCUUUCUGUAAAUAUUUAACUUGGUUUUGUUUUUCUAAAAAUAAA